AUGCAGAACAAGAACACCAGUAGCCACCAGCCGAAUGAUCGGUUCCAGUUUACAAACCACACAGAUACCUUGGAGAUGGAUGACGAUGAAAAUGAGGAUCUUAUCGAAGAUGCAGAUGAUCCUCUAGAUCCUAGCUUUCUCCAUAUGAUCGAUGAGGCUGACGAUUUUAACCCGAACGGUCCUGAUUUGUAUGCGAUAUUGGGCGUGGAGCGAACAGCAACAGCCGCAGAAUUACGAGCAGCCUAUCGUCGCCUUUCACUUCUCCUGCAUCCUGAUCGGCAUUCCAGACUAAGCUCAUCAGUUGAAGGGGAACACAUCGAUACACAAUUGCAACCCGUCUCCGGGGAUGCUGAUUCUGCCUUCAACCGAAUCUCCACGGCCUAUGCCAUUUUGAGCGACCCAAACAGGCGAAAAAUAUAUGACACGUAUGGUCAUGAGGGUAAGUACGUUUGUAUUUGA